AUGGUCUCUCAGACAAUUACCUCGAGGUCUGGCGAGGUUUAUACUGUUCCGCUGAUGCAGGAAGACACGUUGGAAAUCCACGAACUUUGGCCACCUGAAGGUCAGUCGGGAGAUAUAAAGGCAGACAUUGUCGCAGUCCACGGCUUAGGAGGCGAUUCUUUCAGAACAUGGACCGAAGAGAGCACAAAGGAGCUCUGGCUUCGAACCUUCUUGCACAAGGAUAUCGAGAACGUUAGAAUUAUGACUUUCGGCUACAAUGCGAACAUUCUUCGCAACAAGGCUGCAGGUAAUACCUAUAGUUUCGCCGAGAAUUUGUUGGCAGCUCUUAGACGCAAGCGUCCUGGGGAAGCGAAACGCCGGCCACUCAUUCUCUUGGGACAUAGUCUGGGAGGUAUUGUCAUAAAACAGGCACUGAUCACUGCCAAAAUAAGAUCACCCAUGUACAAGGAUAUCCUAGAAAGCACCUGGCACCUCAUGUUUUUUGGAACUCCACACCAGGGCUCGCUUUUCGCUCCCGGUGCAGACUUCUUGAACAAUCUAGGGUCAGUGAUCUCCGGCAAUAAAAAUCGUGUUGCCCAAGAAUUGAAGCUAUGGUCGCCCGAAUUACUUGCGAUAACCCAAGACUUCGCAUCUAUUGCAGACCACUUCUCAAAGACAAGUUUCUGGGAGCGGAAAGAGACCAAGAGAGUCACUAUCGUACAUCAAGGUUCGGCGAGGCUUGGACAUAGGAACGAGGAAGUCAUUGGACUUAAUGAAAACCACCUCACUAUUUGUAAAUUCGCAAGCCGGGAUAAUGCGUCUUACACAACGGUUAAAGAUAUUUUGAUCCAGGAGGUACUACGAUUGGACGAAAGAGAGGCGAUCGUCGAACAUGAACUUCGUAUCCAAGAAUUAGCGCAGUUGGUUACCCCCAUGCGGCUCACUUGA